AUGUUUGAUGGAGGAAAAUAUUCUCCUUCGGAAACAGAGCCUUUUAGCUGCUUGAACAGUGUCUCAACAUCCAGAAAGAAGAAGAACAAGAACAAAAGGAGGUUUAGUGAUGAGCAGAUUAAAUCAUUGGAAUCUAUGUUUGAAUCGGAAACAAGGCUUGAGCCUCGAAAGAAGAUGCAGCUGGCAAAAGAGCUUGGAUUGCAACCACGACAGGUUGCAAUAUGGUUUCAAAAUAAGAGAGCUAGAUGGAAAUCUAAGCAGCUCGAAAGAGACUACAGCAUACUACGAGCGAAUUACAAUAGCUUGGCUUCCCGGUUUGAGACACUGAAGAAAGAGAAGCAAGCGUUGGCAAUACAGUUGCAGAAGCUGGAUGAUCUGACGAAGAAGCCAGGAGAGGAACGAGAGUGUUGUGGUCAAGGAGCAGCUGUGAACAGCAGUGAAGGCGAAUCAGAGAAUGGACACGCAACUAAGGGUGAAUCAGAAACGCAGCCUCGGUUGUCAAUCGGAAGACCAGAGCAUGGAUUAGGAGUCCUUUCCGAUGAAGAUAGCAGCAUAAAGGCAGAGUAUUUUGAACUAGAAGAAGAACCGAACCUAAUGAGUAUGGUGGAACCCGCGGAUGGAUCAUUGACAUCACAAGAAGAUUGGGGGAGUUUAGACUCCGAUGGCCUCUUCGAUCAAUCAAGCAGUGGUUAUCAGUGGUGGGAUUUCUGGGCUUGA